CGCUUUCUUUAUUUCCCUUUCGGACACUAGGGGAUCCUCGACAGCUGGUAGCUCUGUCCUGGGGUUAAUACCAGCGAUCCUAUUAAGGAUCUGGAGCUGGAUUAAGGAUCUGUGAACAAUUGGAAAAGGGAUUGUUCUAGGAAAUAUAGAUGAGGUGAAAAAAAAAAAAAAAGCAACCAAACCACAAUCCAUGCAGAUUUCUAUAACUCCAAUAACUUUAACCAAAUCAAACACAGAAACACACUGGCUGGGAGAUGUGUGCAGUGUGUGCCGAUGUGUGUGUCUGCGUGUUAGUAGACUCACGGCGACAGUUUUACAAUCUGCUUUAACACACACGCAGCAGCUCCACCCUACAAUCAGAGCAGCUUAUAUUACUUAUAACCUGGACUUAUAUUCCAAGUUAUACAUUUUAUCUGAUUCAGCCAAUCACAGCACAGUACGUACUGUAUCUACAUCUUGCCUUUGUUAAUCCUAUUGUUUCUCAUAAUAUAUUUACUAUAUUUCAGAUACUUAUCAGCUAUUUUUAUGAAAGAAUUCUUCUAAACUGAUUGGCUAUAGUGUAAAAAAAUAAAAAGCAUCUUAUUUGCAUGUACUCGCUCCAAAUUUGUGCAUUUAUUUACAGGAAUGUUUAUAGCAAGGGCAGGCUAAGCGUCCUUUCUAAACACUGCAAUCAGGAUGAUGUGUAUGUCAUUCGUUUUCCAAGGAAAUCUCCAUACGGUGUCUCUCUGGGUAAUUUCCCCAAACACUCAUUCAUUAUCAUUAGAGCGCAUAUGUUUGUCUUUUAAACAAUGUUAACAAAUGGACGUGAUUAUACAAGCUCCUUGUCACGGCUUUCAUUUUUUCCUAUGAAAGUCGGCCAAUGUUCCAGGAAUUAAAUUAUCUUGAAGGUUAGUUAAUUAUUUUAAAGAGCUUAAAUGCCAAGCAUGGACAGCUCCGGUGUAAUUAAGAUUAUAAAGUCUUUACUCAAGCCCGGAGUUAAUGAACGGCGUGUCAGCUUGCUUCAGAAUGGCUAUGUUGGCUGAAUCCUUAACCACAAUUAAAAAUUGUCCAGUUGCUCAGAUAUGUUUUGACAUGGAAAGCAUUAGAGAGUGUAAUUUUUAGAGAGCUAGCUGGAAAUAUAUCUGAUGGUCGUGGUAGGGCUUGUUUCCUAGUUCAUGACAGAUUUCAUUUGGCUGAGAAAACAUCUUUAAAGAAUGAGAAUCAAACCAGAUUCUGUGUUGUGUGUGUGUGUGUGUGUGUGUGUGUACGUACCCUUGAGAGUAACAUUUUAAAGGCUGGAGAACACAAUUCCCACUGUGAAGCAUGGUGGUGGGAGCACCAUGUUGCAGGCAUGCUUUUCAUCAGCAGGAACUAUUCCAGACUACUCUGGGUGUGGAGACCUUCUCUAACAUCUGAGACGCCAUAAAGAAGAACCCUGAGGAUAACGGCAGGUCCCUCUCUUCUUCUCGUUUCUCAUCCUCCCCGGAUGAGAAACAUCAUCACCCUAAUCACCAUCAAGCAGCAGCUCAUCUAAGGUCUUUUUUCUCUGGACAUUAAAGCCAUCAUGCUUUUCACCACAGCACUCUGUGAUUAUCCUGAUUACAGUAACAGUAAGCAAGUAAAAUGGACUAUAUAACACAACACUUGAUUCGCUCCAACUUUGAAUGCACAGCAAAACAGAUGUACAUGGUCCAGAUGUGGCCCAGGUCCAUUGGCUAUUGCCAAGUUUAUAGUCACAUGUGCCCCAAAUGUCCAUGCUAUCUCUGUAAAUAGUUAGCCUAGCUAAUUCUAACUCUUCCGCAGGUAACGUUACCUUUAGCUAACAAUAAGGUAACUAUUAUAUUAUGUAAUAAGAUCACUAAUUUAAUUGUAAUUAAUGUAGUUAUUUAUCCUCAUUCCUAUUCAUAGCCAAAAAGAAACACUUGGAAGCAACACUCCAUGUUGUGCUGUUACAGGAAAAUAAUCAACAGCAGGUGUGAUGGUGCGCUGAAGCUGAAUGACUUUUACCGUCGCUAAGUUGUUUAUUUUCCUGUAACAGCGCAUCCUGAAAUGUUUUAUUCCUCUUAUACUACAGCGAUUUGCUAAUAGUUACAUUUUUUUAAUUUAGCAACGAACAUGGUGUACUUUUUUAUCUGUUUCCUCUCUAGCUUGUGAUGUGAAUGAGAAACCGGAAUAAACCUACUGACUAUUACGAAGCGCUGACACUGGAGACUCCUUCCAUUAAUGUUAAAUAAGACAACUUCAGUGAUUACACAUUCUUGUUUUUUUUUUUUUCCCCUAAGGUUUAUUAUUAGCCUCAGAUUAUGUGAAGCGUCCAUCAUUCAAUUUGCUAGGAUAUUAAUAUAAAGGUGUGAGUUGCAGAUGCAGCGUUGUCUUCUGUACACCUUCUGACCAAUCAGGAUGCGGAAUGCAACAGCGCUGCGGUAUAAAACUGUUUUCUUACACAACAGCCGAGAUUAGUGCUUGGAUAUGAAGUGGUGUAGUGCACUCCAUUUCCAGCAGGGAGUCAUUUGAAACACAGCCAGAAGAAGAUGCUGAGGAAGAAAAGGAUACUGACGAAGCCUUUUGAUGAGGGUUAGGAUCAGGUUACAUUUUUUUUUUUUUUUUGAAUUGUUGAAAAGUGAAAAGAGAAAGCGAUGGAGUGAGCGAGAGAGUGAGAGAGAGGGAGAGAACUGUGCGCUGUUUGAAUGAGAUGUGAGAAUGAGUGCAGUGUGCUCGAGUUACUACACCGCGGAGAAGGAGCUGGUGAGUGCGUUCACAUGUCCGAAAGCCGGCGGGGACGAGCGCGCGCGGUUCUGCUGCGGCUUCAACGACAUUAAAUACUGCUGUGACGAUCCCAACAGCUUCUUUCCCUACGAGUACGGAUACAUGUGGUGGCUCAGUAUUGGUGCUCUGAUAGGUCUGUCCGUAGCUGCGGUGGUGCUCUUGGCCUUCCUGGUCACUGUGUGUGUUCUCUGCAUCCUCUUCAUCAACACUAAACCCAGUCGGCUGGACAGCGGCCUUCCUCUCAGCGAGCCGGGUCGUGAGCUGAGUCCUGCUCCCAGCCCUUCCACCGGACCUCAAGGUUUCCACAAACAUUUCCCAAGUAGCAAACUGCACUGUGCCGAGCAGCGGGCCGAACCCGAGCGUGUGUUUCAGCCCUGCUUCAGGGUCACCGUGGCCAGAGUGAAUGCUGAAGGGCCCUCGUAGGAGCCGAGUCCACUGGCAGGUGCUUUUAUUCAGGCAGAGUCAGAAGCCAAGUCAAGCCCCAAGCUGAGCGGUUGAAGGUUAACGGUCCUGCUCAAGAGCUCAUGAACACGAAAUAGUGAACACGAAAACGACAGAAAUGGCGCAGCGGGGUUGUAGUUGGUGGCGGAGUGGACAGGAACCUCAGCUCAAGCACGGACUCGGAAAUAGAAAUUCAUCUCAGCAGAUUUUCUCAUCGUGAAACGCAGUGACAAGUCAUUCAUUUACAGCGAAAUCUGAAAAGUGAGUAAGUGACGUGAAAAAGGAGACUUUAUGAGAUGCCAAUAUGGCCGGUGGAACAGUGUAUGUUUUUUCACCACUUUUGAACAUUAUCUGUGUUUUUAGGCUCCAGAUUCUUGCUCUUACUCCCAGAUCGUGAACAAGUCAGAGAUAUUCUACUAUAUUCUGCGUUAUUAACCACAUCUGACCUUUUUUUUGCCUGUUUUCAGCAAGAUAUUCAGGUAUGGAAUGAGAAAUGCUAUAGUACUGACAGCCAUGUUACAAGUGGCUACGCUUACGCUAGUACUCAUGUUUGAAUUGUGAUUGGUUGGCACAUAUUUCAUUUUAAUAAUAUUUAGUUAAGCAUUAAUGUAAUAUACGUUACAAUAUAUUUAACUGUAUUUAAACAUAUACCACUUUUUAGAUUUGGUAUAAAAAGCUAAAAUCAUAAAAUCUAAUCAUAAAAAAGUCUAUUUCUGAACUUAUCUUAUAGCAAAAUAAUCUUAUAUCUUAUAUUUAUAGCAAUUUAAAAAAAAACUUUUCCAACAAUUCCACAGCCAUCCGUGGCCGGGUGACCAAGAGAGCAAAACUGGCCGUGCGCUCUGGGUGGGAGGGGCAUAGUCUCUCGCCGCUGUCAAUCACAGGGAAACUUGUGAGGAAAGAGUUUUAGUCAGCGCAGCACCCUGCCGCACCACCGGCGCAUUCACACUGGAGAGAAACGAAAGCGUUUUAACUGUCAGAAUAAUCUCAAAACGCACCAGCGUGUGCACGCGGCAGAGAAGCCAGACCACUUUUCAGGAGUUUCAAACGUGAGAGUAAUCUCCAAACACUGUAGUAUUGCUCAGAUUCAGCUAUUUAACGACGUUUAAAAGACACAAGUGUAUUAACACACGUGACAGCUUUCCACGCAGAUCAAUGAACCUAUCAAAUAAAGACACAUAAUUAUCAAUUAUCAACUGUAACUUUGCAAUUUAUAUAGUUAUCGACUGAAUUUCUCUUGAAGUGUUCACAUCACAUAGUAUCAAUUUUUCAAUUUUUUUUUUCAAAUGAUUGCUUAAAAUAAUUAUUUAAUUAAAAAAAAAUUGUAAUCGUAAUAUUUAUUGUAAUCUUCCUGGAACAAGCUGAGUCGAUAAACAUAAUAAACCUAAUAAACAUCACCGUAUUGUUGGAUAUUCAGUAUAUAAAUUCGUCAUAUCAAUAUUGUUUUUUUCUGAAUGGAGCUAGCCGAGACAUGAGUAAGUUCUCAGACGCAUCGUAACAGAGACGAAGUUUGUCAUUUUUCUGCUGUUUCUUUGUGGCAUGGAUGUAUUUGCGUUCCUGGUGAAAUGACCUGCAGCUGCAUUAAGCAGUUCAUAUGGUUGGAUCAUAAUAAUCAUCACCAUAAGAAUAUCAGAGUAUACGAAAUGCAUGUGUCUGUGUGUUAUUGAAAUCAUUAGUCAAACUUGAUGUCAAGUUUUAGCAC